GCCGACGUCCGCUGCCAUGGCGACGCUGCUGCGCCGCCUGCGCCCCCUGCGCCGGCUGCCGGGCCGCUCGGCGUCCGCUGCAGAUGUGCCCCUCCGGGCCGGGAGCCAUGGCGCCGGGCUGCUGUACCCGGGCCACAUUCCCACGUCCCCGCUGCAGAAGGCGCUGCUGGCCGCGGGAGCGGCCGCCAUGGCGCUGUACGACCCGUAUCGCCACGACAUGGUCGCCGUGCUGGGGGAGACCACAGGACGUCGAACCCUGAAAGUCCUCAGGGACCAGAUGAGGAGGAACCCGGAAGGCGCCCAGAUCCUGCAGGAGCGCCCCCGGAUCUCACUGUCCACCCUCGACCUGGGCAAGCUCCGGAGCCUGCCGGACGGCUCCCUCGGCCGCGAGUAUCUCCGCUUCCUGGAUGUGAAUAGGGUCUCCCCAGACACCCGAGCGCCCACCCGCUUCGUGGACGACGAGGAGCUGGCGUACGUGAUCCAGCGGUACCGGGAGGUGCACGACAUGCUGCACACCCUGCUGGGGAUGCCCACCAACAUCCUGGGGGAGAUCGUGGUAAAAUGGUUUGAGGCUGUGCAGACCGGCUUGCCCAUGUGCAUCUUGGGUGCACUCUUUGGUCCGAUCCGGCUCAGCGCUCCGCGCCUGCGCGUGCUGGUCUUGGAGCUGAUCCCCUGGGCCGUGCAGAACGGGCGCAGGGCCCCGUGUGUCCUCAACCUGUACUACGAGCGGCGCUGGGAGCAGCCCCUGAGUGCUCUGCGGGAGGAGCUGGGCAUCACGGCCCCUCCCAGGGACGUCCAGCGCCUGGCCCAGGCCUGAGCAGCAGGGUCUGGCCUGCCUCCCCUGCCCCACCUUUGUUCCUUCGCGGUGAAUGCUGACCCUUGGACAUCAUUUAUCUUAAUUGCCAUUAUCUCCACUGAGUGGCCUAGAGGGCCAGUCCAGGAGGAAGCGGGCAGCGCAGUGGGACUCCCGGGGGAGCUGGAAUGAGUGAAGAACAGAGCCGUCUCAGGCCUGCUCCUGCCCCUCCCCACCAGCCCUGCUGUCCGCGUCCGUCCUGGCUGUACCCAGAUCCAGAGGCCUGGGAAGACAGAGGCGGGGGGUGGGGCCGAGUCUGCCGUCCCAAUAAAGGUUCCCCCCACAGUGCAAACGUCUGCCAGCCCUGCCUCCACCCAGUGCUGCCCGUGGCCCCCAGCGCUGCAGGUGGAAACCCUAUCCCGACCUGAGCUUCCCCUGCUGGUCCCCUCUCCUGUGGUCUGAGGUCGGGCCGAAUGGGGUCCACAUUCCCAGCCGCUCCUCCGUGUUCCGGCAGAAAAGUAAACAAGUUCUUUCUCUUUCUGAACCCCCACUCCUUCACCAUGAAGGGGACCACAAACAGCACCCCCGGAGCUGUCAUGGGCCUUCCUAGGUGGCACAGAGAAGCGACUGGAGGAGCAAGAGCUGUUCCUGAAUUAGUUGUUAGUUUUUACACGCAUCUUUAUGUGAAGGGCAGAGGAAGAGACAAAAGAAGUGUGCCAUCCGCAAGUUCACUCCUCACAUACCUGCAACGGCCAGGUUUGGGCCAGGCCAGAACCAGGCCCCAGAGCUGUUCAUGUCUCCCAUGAGGGCACUCGUCACCUGCUGCCCCCAGGGUCUGCACGAGCAGGAAGCUGGGUGGGAAGUGGAGCUGGGACUUGAACCCUGGCGCUCCCCUAGGCCUCCCCAGCAGCAUCCUAACCGCUGUGCCAAACGCCCAGCCCCCCGGAGCUGCUUUAUUCUAGCAGCUUCAAGGCUGCCACAAACAGGUGUUUCCUUUGGGUCAGGGUCGAGGAAUGGGGACAGGUAGGAUGCAGAGUGUCACUGGGUGACACACUGGGGUUUGGAACCAGGAGAGAUCCCAAGAUGGCAGAGCUAGGCACAGACUCGCCCGGAGCAGCUGGGGCGUGCGCCUCCCUGGAGGUGGUCCUCAGUUCCCCUAUUUUUAAUGAUGGCCACAGUUUAUUCCAGCUGUGCCUUAUCACCUCCUCACCUGAGUCCCCCGGAGAGGGAGAGGCCGUCACAGGCGUCCCUGGAGUCUGCGGGGCAUGGGUUCCAGGAACCCCAAGUGAGGCCAGAACCCACGAUGCUCCAGUGCUCUGUGUGAAUCAGCGUUGUGUUUGCGUAGAACCGUCUCUGAUUGCACGUGAGAGGUAUCUAGCCCAACAGGGAGACGACAGGAUGCCACGUUCCACAGCAGUACCUGGGUUCCGUUCCCGGCUUUGGCUCCUGACUCUGUGGACCCCUGGAGGCAGCAGCAAUUGUGCUCCUACCACCCACACGUGAGAUCUGCCCUGGGCUCCUGGGCUCCUGGCUCUGGCCAUUGUGGGCAUCCGGGGAGUGAACCAGUGGAUAGGAGCUGUCUUCUGUGUCUGCCUUUGUAUUUCUCAUUCAAAAUAAAUCACAUGUACUGUCUAGGGGCUGGCCUUGUGGCACAGUAGGUGGAGCUGCCACGUAUGAUGCCAACAUCCCAUAUCAGAGUACAGGUUCAAGUCCUGGCUGCGCUGCUUCCAAUCUGGCUCUCUGCUACUGCACCCAGGACAGCAACAGAAGGUGACCCGGUCAUUUGGGCCCCUGUCACCCACAUAAGAGACCCUUUUGGAGUUCCAGGCUCCCGGUCCUCCCCUGGCUGUUACAGCCAUGUGGGGAGUGAAGCAGUGGAUGGAAAAUCUGUUUCUCUUUCCUUCUCUGUCACUCUUUCAAAUUUAUUUAGAGUGACAGAUCUCCCAUCUGCUGGUUCACUCCCCAGAUGGCUGUAACGGCCAGGGCUGGGCCAGACCAGAGCCAGGAGCUUCCUCCAGGUCUCCCACGUGGCUAUAGGGGCCACUGCUGCUGCUUUCCCAGGCUAUUAGCAGGGAGCUGGAUCAGAAGUGGAGCAACUGGGACACGAACUGGUGACACAAGGGACACCAGCGCUGCAGGCAGUGGCUUUACCCACUAUGCCUUGGACCGGCCUUUAAAGUAAAUCUUAAAAAAAUUACAUAUAGUACCUAAUCCAAGGUAAAUUCUGCAUAAAACAGUUAUACUGUAUUGUUUAGGGAAUAAUGACUUGAAAAAAAGUGUAUAUGGCCAGUACAGAUGCAAAUUAUUUUUCACAAAUACGUUUAAUUUGCAGUUGCCUUAAUCCAUGGGUGUGGCACCCCCAGAUGCGGACUUCUGUGUGUCUGUGUUUUUUAGGAUUGAUGCAUUUAUUUGGAAGGCAGAGUGACACGGAGAGGGAGUCCUGGGACAUGCAGCACCUCUCCAUCCGGGUGUCCCAUUGAGCCAUCUCCCACUCCCUCUUAGGACACAUUAGCAAGAAGCUACAUCAAAAGUGUGGAGCAGCCCUAACCUGCUGUGCCACAACACCCACCCUGUACUCUGAGUUAGUGCGGAAGCAGUAGGAGCAGAGCCACUGCUGGUACCAGGAGCUACCUGAAGACCCUCCCAGCUCCGCCGUGCCGGGGCCCAGCCUCUCUGCUCCCCCCCCCCCCCAACAUCUCGUUCAGGGCCUGUGGCACAGAGGGAGGGUGCGGGAGGUGGGGACCUCCCUCCGAACCGCGAGUUUCUCAGGGGAGGCCUUGUCCUGAGCUGCUUGGAUUUCUGCAGGAAGGGGGGAUGGGCGAGUCCCCUGAGCUCCCCCCUCUGCAGAACGGGUGCCUUACUGCACCUCCUGCCAGCUCUCCCUCCAGCCGGCCAGAGGACAGACGGUCAGAAGAGCAGUCUCCUGACCAUGGGGUGGCACCUGUGUCACCAGCUCAUGAGUGCAGGAACUAGCAGUGGCAGUCGCCAGGCCUUGCUCACUUCUGGUAGAAACUCCCAUUCCCCUUCCUCAGUAACCCCUGGUGGCCUCGCUCCUGCUCCCUCAACACGCCAGCCCCCUGCCUUCAGGAACAGCACUGGCCGGCUCUGCCAUUCACAUCACUGCCUGAAUGUCGCCUCAGAGGGGCCAUCCCUGACCACCUGGCUCCCCACCUGCCAGGCCAUCACCCUUCCUUGGGAGCCCUCAGCCCUACCUAAGCCUGCCUCACGUCGGCUCUUCCCUGUCCCGGGGGAGCAGUGUGCAGCUGUCAGGCGUGGCACUGUGCUCCCGAACACCUUCCCCCCACGACAGCCCCCUAGAGAGGAGGCUGGCAGAGCCUCACUUCACAGCCUCAAGCGCAGACUGUUGGGCCUGCCCUGUGACGCACGGGGGUCUUGAGUUCUCUCGUGGUAGCCAAGGGAAAGCCCCCUCGCCCCCCCCCCACCUCAUAAAACCCACAUGGGGGGCUAGCACUGUGGUGCAGCGGGUUAACACCCUGGCCUGAAGCGCCAGCAUCCCAUACGGG